UAUUUUUCUGUUUAGGAUGAGCAACAGGCUGGGCCCAGCACAGCUACCGAAGUUAAAACUGUUUACCUUAAGACGGCGUUGCCAGUGGGAAACCUUUAUGUUUUAUUUUGUGUAUUUUUAGUUGUAGGGGGGCAGAUAUCGGGAUAUAACUACUUCUACGUUGUUUUUAUAAAAAAUACGCGGAUUUAGUCGAGGUCGUGACAUGGAUGAAGUACGGCCUAGCAGUGGUGCUCAAGCCCACGGGCUGGUGCCGCUGUUUCCUCCGGGGCUGCAGGCUAUCUACGGGGAAUGCCGGCGACUUUACCCCGAGCAAGUCAACCCGCUUCAAGUAACCGCCAUUGUUAAAUACUGGUUAGGGGGACCAGACCCGUUAGAUUACAUCAGUAUGUAUAGGAAUACAGGCUGUCCCGCUCAGGACAUCCAGGAGCAUUGGCACUAUGUCAGCUUUGGACUGAGUGACCUUUAUGGGGAUAACAGGGUUCAUGAAUUCACAGGGGCUGAUGGACCCAGUGGGUUUGGUUUUGAGCUCACCUUUCGACUCAAACGGGAGGUGGGGGAGACGGCACCACCAACCUGGCCAGCGGAACUCAUGCAAGGCUUGGCUCGCUAUGUGUUCCAGUCAGAAAACACAUUUUGUAGUGGCGACCAUGUAUCGUGGCACAAUCCACUAGACAACAGUGAAUCUCGUAUUCAGCAUAUGCUGCUCACAGAGGAUCCACAGAUCCAACCAGUUCAUACACCUUUUGGCACAGUGAGCUUUCUCCAGAUUGUUGGUGUAUGUACGGAGGAGCUACAAGCAGCUCAACAGUGGAACGGCCAGGGUAUUUUGGAACUGAUGCGUGGAGUCCAAAUAGCUGGUGGCCCUUGGCUCAUCACAGACAUGAGGAGAGGAGAGACAAUUUUUGACAUUGAUCCACACCUACAACAGGAGAGAGUGGACCAGGGAAUUGAGACAGAGGGUUCUAACCUUAGUGGUGUCAGUGCCAAGUGUGUGUGGGAUGAUCUGAGUCGACCGCCAGAGGACGAGGAGGACAGCCGAUCCAUCUGCAUAGGAUCACAGCCACGCAGGCUCUCGGACAAAGACACAGAGCAGAUCAGGGAGACUCUGAGAAAAGGACUGGAGUUUAACAGUAAAGCAACACUACCACCCAUCAGCAACCAGAGACAGGGCCAUGAGAGACCUCAGAGUAGGAAGGACAGUUUGGAGAGUGAGAGUUCAGCAGCCAUUGUUCCACAUGAGUUGGUGCGAACACGUCAGUUGGAGAGUGUCCAUCUGAAAUUUAACCAAGAGUCGGGCACGCUGCUGCCACUCUGCCUGCGGGGCCGGUUGCUCCAUGGGAGACAUUUCACUUAUAAAAGUAUCAAUGGAGACACAGCCAUUACGUUUGUGUCCACUGGAGUUGAAGGAGCUUUUGCUACUGAAGAGCAUCCGUAUGCAGCUCACGGCCCCUGGCUCCAGAUAUUGUUGACUGAAGAGUUUGUGGAACAGAUGCUUGGGGAUUUACAGGAACUCAACACUCGUGAGGAGACAAAGCUACCAAAGGAGUACAGUUGGCCAGAGAAGAAGCUGAAGAUCUCGGUCCUACCAGAUUCUGUGUUUGAUAAUCCAUUGCAGUGAGGCAGAGGUGUUUAAUCUCCUAAGCAAAUGCCAUCAUAAAAAUACCAAAAACUGCAACAUUUCCAGAGUGUGGGCCACCAUGAACAGGAGCAAUCCCAGAGCAUGCAGCAACUCCAGGGAACCAUGGAGAUAUGUAGUUCCCACCAUGGACGGAAUGAAACUGAUUCAUCUGUGAAACUGAUCUACGGGAUGAUGUAAAGAUCUUUGGCUGUCCCUGCGUUCUCAAACAAUGGUUUACAAUAUGAGAGACUAUUGAAAGUGUUAAAUCAGCUACAACCCAGCCUCAUCCAGGUGGUUGAAUGGUUACAAACAAUCAGAAGUGACACAUUAGCUGUAGCGGCAAAACAGGAUGUUGUCAUUCCUUAAGGAAGGCCUGCCAGGUCACAAAUGCAGUUGAACAUGCAUCCUGUGAUCACGAGACGUGACAUCCCAAGUAAUGAUUGUGCUGCAGUUCUCAGAAACUAGUUCUAUUUAUUCCAGUAGCCUUAGAAGUGACAGAAAAUUCACAUGUCAAACCUUUUUUUUUUUUUCUCCUCAGUGUUGUUUUUUUUUACCUGAGCUGAUGUGUGUAGUAUUUGCAAAUGCUGGACAUUUUCUCUUUUGUGUUUGUGGUCAUACCAAAGUUAUAACUCUGUCUUAAAUGUGUCACAAUCCCUUUUCGAAAAUAACCAAUUCAACAUCAGAGUUGUUUGUUUAGAUUUUUGUCAAAUGCUGCUGGUAUAACCACAUUAUUCCCUUAUGCCGUGAACAUGGCUCCUCUAUAUUUGUAAUGUCUUCUUUCAGUUUUUUUUUUCAUGCUGAAUGAUGCAUGUUUUAGAGUAAUGAAAUUACAUCUUUCAAAUCUGUCGUCACUUGUCUUGUCUCCAGUGUAAAGUGAAAUGUAAAAUGUGUUUUUGAUUAGUAGGACCUGCUGGGAGUGAAUUUUUCAGUGCCUUGUGUUGAAAAGGACCACAUAUUCUCUGCCGACUUUCGCCCUCAGCUCCUGGACUGUUACUCAUUGUCUUUGUCUGACACCGUCGGUGCAUUCCACGUUCACACCAAAACAAAGAGACUACUUUUGCUGCAGUGUCUUUUUUUCUCCUCAAAAGUGUACUCUUUUUACAACCUUUUUUUUAUUAUUUUUUUUGUAAUUUCUAUCUUGUUGAUUGAACUGGCUGAUUGUAAUCCCAAGUGCAUUAAAGAGUGUAGAUAUUUACACAAAUAAAGCUGGAACACUAAAGCAGAAAUACAGAGAAACGAUUUCCAUGAGAAUAAAGAACUGUAUCUUCCUUUACAGUAUGCAUAACUUAACAGAACACUAUCUGAACAGUUGUGGAAGUUUUGAAAUGUACAUUUAAUAAAAGUGAGUUUAAAAGGUC